CGGGAUGCGCGCACACGUGAGUGCUCAGAGCUGUUCCUCUCACUGCUGGAGUGAAAUUAAAUCAGUCACACCUGCGAGGGUCUCCCUGUGAUGGGGUGUCAGCAGAUGGACAAAUAGACCACCGUGAGCUGUCAUCUAUAUCUGAUCCGCUUCUAUACUGCUGAGGAUCAGCUACACGCUAAACCAUCAUCCUGCAGUGCCUGAGGUUUUGUUACCCUACCCCAUCCCCUGUCGUCAUGGCGCCCAAGGACAUCAUGACCAAUUCGCAUGCUAAAUCCAUCUUGAAUGCCAUGAAUGCCCUAAGAAAGAGCAACACACUGUGUGACAUCACUCUGAGGGUGGAGGGCACAGAUUUUCCAGCCCACCGCAUUGUGCUGGCCGCCUGCAGUGAUUAUUUCUGUGCCAUGUUCACGAGUGAGCUUGCUGAAAAAGGGAAGUCCUUUGUGGACAUUCAAGGCCUGACUGCAUCCACCAUGGAGAUCCUGCUGGAUUUUGUUUACACAGAGACAGUGCUGGUUACUGUGGAAAAUGUGCAGGAGCUGCUGCCCGCUGCCUGUCUGCUGCAACUAAAAGGUGUCAAGAGAGCCUGCUGUGAUUUUCUUAACAGUCAGUUGGAUCCAUCGAAUUGUCUGGGAAUCAGAGACUUUGCGGAAACGCACAACUGUCUGGACCUGAUGCAGGCGGCGGAGCUCUUCUCACAGAAACACUUUGCUGAGGUGGUGCAGCAGGAGGAGUUCAUGCUGCUAAGUCAGAGUGAGGUGGAAAAACUUAUCAAAUGUGACGAGAUCCAGGUUGACUCGGAGGAGCCUGUAUUUGAAGCCGUUCUGAAUUGGGUGAAGCACAACAGAAAGGAGAGAGAGCCGUACCUGCCCGAUCUGCUGGAGCAUGUGCGCAUGCCGCUCCUCACCCCCCGAUACAUCACAGAUGUCAUUGACACAGAACCCCUGAUACGCUGCAGUUUACCAUGUCGAGAUUUGGUGGAUGAAGCAAAGAAGUUUCACCUUCGGCCAGAGCUGCGCAGCGAGAUGCAAAGCCCUCGAACCCAAGCAAGACUCGGUGCUAAAGAGGUCCUUUUGGUUAUCGGAGGAUUUGGCAGCCAGCAGUCGCCCAUUGAUGUGGUUGAGAAGUACGAUCCUAAAACCAGAGAGUGGAGCUUUCUGCCUAACAUUGCAAGGAAGCGACGGUAUGUUGCCACUGUCGCCCUCAAUGAUCGUGUGUACGUUAUUGGUGGGUACGAUGGGCGAUCGCGGCUCAGUUCAGUUGAGUGUUUGGACUACACAGCAGAUGAAGAUGGAGUCUGGUACUCUGUCGCUACAAUGAAUGUGCGACGAGGCCUCGCAGGAGCGACUACCCUUGGAGAUAUGAUCUAUGUUGCGGGUGGAUUCGAUGGCAGCAGACGUCACACCAGCAUGGAGCGUUACGACCCAAAUAUUGACCAGUGGAGCAUGCUGGGAGACAUGCAGACUGCCAGGGAGGGAGCUGGGCUUGUGGUUGCCAGUGGACUUAUUUACUGUUUAGGAGGUUACGAUGGUCUGAACAUUUUGAACUCUGUAGAACGGUAUGACCCUCAUACGGGGCACUGGACCAGUGUCACUCCUAUGGCCAACAAACGCUCAGGUGCUGGCGUGGCUUUGCUGAAUGAUCACAUUUAUGUUGUCGGAGGAUUUGAUGGAACGGCCCACUUGUCUUCAGUAGAGGUCUAUAAUAUCCGCACAGAUUAUUGGGCCACUGUAGCCAAUAUGACCACUCCACGCUGCUACGUGGGAGCCACUGUGCUGAGGGGCCGACUUUAUGCCAUUGCAGGAUAUGAUGGUAACUCAUUGCUCAGCAGUAUUGAAUGUUACGACCCUGUGAUCGACAACUGGGAAGUGGUGACUUCAAUGGCCACACAACGCUGUGAUGCAGGCGUGUGCGUGCUUAGAGAAAAAUGAGCGGUGAUGGGGGGCUAAAACAGAGUUGCUUGAUACCUGGAUGCUGGAAUCUGCACUUCACUGCUCAGCGGAGCAUCAGAGCUGAUUACUGGCCUUUUUAUGGCUCCCUCCUCUUUUUGGACUCAAGUUCUGUUGCCAACCUGAGAUGUUAGCUGAUGUUUUAUCUUAACAGUGAAAAGCUAUGAUGUGGUCAAGAUGUGUGUUUUGUCACCAUUUUCCCCUUCAUACAGACUGGGAUCUUUCUCACAGAACUGGGUCCUCUAAAGUGCAAUAUAAUACUCGCAGAAAAGAGACAAGCGUGUAUAUGCCUUACUGCUCAUGUGACUGAAUAGUGACUGACUGACUAAAAGAGAGAAUAUUACCAGAAUCAUCGGAAUGUGAAGACGCAGGUGAUUUCUGUGAUUUCUCUCAUUAUCUGUAAUGUCCGUUAUGACAUUAUUAUCUCUGACAGCUCUCAGGUUGCUGGGGCUGUGCUUAUUGACUCGAACCCUUUAUCAAUGUGCCUGACGUACCAGGGAUAUUUCAUUAUCAUGUACAGAGCCAUCAUAAAGAUGCCACAAUGCCAGUGUGCUGGUGUUUUAUAUGUUUAACAGUGUGAAUCUGAAUGAAUGAGUAAAUCUAGCUCUCUCAGUGAAAACUGAUCUUACUUUGUCUUAUAAAUACUGGAAUAUUGCAAUAUUGACCUAUGAUUAUGAAUGAAGGAUGACUUGCAUGGUGAAUGAUGUUCUGCAGUACAUUAUUGAUGUGGUAUGUUGUUUUAAUAGUGUGAUUCUAUGAUAAAGACAAUAAAGGAAAUGUCUGUUUAUCAUGUAAAGAAACCGAAGGGCGACAAACCAGACUUGUUUGUGCGUAGAUACUAAUCAUACAAAUCAAUAUUAAGUUCCAUGUUUGAAAUGAAGAAUUGUUAGUACACAUUGUGCCGUAAUACUCACCUGAAUUUUCUAGUAAUGUAAUAACUUUCUGUGGUAAAAUACAGCACUUUUCUCAGUUGUUUAUAAUGAUGGUAUACUUUAUGAUGGAUAACUCUUUAGGGAUCAAGCAUGAGUGGGUACUCCCGAAUGCUCAAGUCACCAUGAAAUUAAACCGGAAAGUUCUAAGUGUUUUACAUAGUGUUGCGGUGAUUAUUAUAAAUGAUUUAUCCGUGCACACCAUUAUUUUUUCAAAAUUCAUUUGCACUUGUAAUCUUUAAUCAAAAACAUUAAACUCCUCUUCCCCUCUCAACAACAACUCUUCACCACAUGACGUCAGAAACAAAAAAGAAGUAGGACUAUAAUCACUGUCCAAUGGCCAGGCAUUUUUAGCCCUCCCCUCCAGGCCCAACUUACAACAAACCAGUCAAAAAGGGAAGGGCAAAAUAAAGGCCGCCCUACAUUUUUUCAAAUUUCAGAAGCAGUUGCACUCGGAUAUACGUCACGAUACGGAAAAUAAAAAACUUUAUUACCAUCGUAUUUGUGUGUUUUUUUGUUAGUGCCAACUGUACAGCUCACCUACGUUUCACUU